AUGGAUUACAAUCCGCGAAUGAGUAUGGCGCGGAGCCAGCAACCGCCCAGCCAGCAGAAGCAGCGCAAAGAGCCGGAUGAAGAUGCCUUCAUGACACUGCCCGAUAAAGAGAUUGCGGGAUGCAUAAGUGAUAUUGGCAUCAACUUCUCGAUCGAUGACUUGCGAAAACCGAAUCCGCAGCAGAUCCAAAAGGUCUUCGAAUGGUUCGCGGAGUUGCUGACGAUGACUACGCGCGAGAUCGUGGCCCCAGCAAUGCGCGCCGCUGCUGAGGACAUGUGUGGCGACGAUGCUGAACGUAUCUUCACGGCCGAUACGCGCGAGCUCAUGGGAUUCUUCGUCACGAUGCGCAAGCUGCUGCUCGAAUGCGGCAUCAAAGACUUUACCUUCUCGGACCUCUACCGCCCGACACACCCACGUCUCGUCAAGAUCUUCAGCUACAUAAUCAAUUUCAUUCGAUUCCGAGAGAGCCAGACGGCUGUCAUCGACGAACACUACAACUCUAGCGAGCGGACAAAGAAUGCAAUCGAACAGUUGUACCAUGAAAAUCAGGAGAAGGAGGACCGACUGCAUGAGAUGGAGCACAACCGGAAGAAUGUUGAGCAAGCCAUGAAGGAGAAGGAGAAGAAGAACCAGGAGCUCAAGACACGCCUCCUCGAGCUGAAGAAAAGCCAGGAACGCGUAACUGAAAAGCUUGAGCGUGUCAAGGGCGAUCAGGCGCGCUUGAAGAACAUCCUUGAGGAGAAGACCACCUCUGUGAUGACCACUCGCAAUGAAGCCAACAAACUUCGACCCUACACCGAACAAUCGCCCGCCGUUCUGGAGCAAUCUCUACGCGACCUCAGCUCGAACCUUAACGCGGAUCGCGCUGAAAUCGAACGUCUUGAUAAGCGUGCCAGAGCUCUGCAAACCAGUUGUGAUACCUUCACCCUCUUACAGACGGAUAUUGCGUCCCUUACUCGACUGCUCACAGAUCUCCAAGUGGAGCUCAACAAAGAGGAAGAGGAAGCAAGGGCCGCCGCGAAGAAUCGCGAAGCUUUGACGGAGAAGUCUAAUAGUGUGCGAGAAGUGGAGCGACAAGAGAAGAUGUUGCGUAAGCAGCUACAACAAUGGCAGGAUCGGACUGAGAAGCUCCGUCGGGAUGCGGAGACCAGAGCUGGCAAUGCAAAGCAGAAGAUGGAGAGCUUGCGUGCUACCCACCGAGAAUUGACUGCCGAAAGGAGAGAGAGGGGCGAGGAGGUGGAGAAGCGGAGAGUCCGAAUCGAGCAGACUGAAAAGAAGAUGGCGGACUUGAAGGAGCAGAUAGAACACGAAGUUCAGGCUGCAAGGGAAGAGUACAUGAAGAUGGAGAGCCACAUCAAAUUGUACAUGACGGAGAUGGAGCAGAGCAUUUCAUGA